CAUUUAUUCAAUUUCUUAGUGAAACGAAAUACGAAUAAAGCCCUCUCAAGCCAUGUAUUAUCUACUUCAAUCCAUAACCUUCUCAAACGAGAAAAUAUUCACUAAACUAGCCAAGACACAGAACAAAUAAAAGGAACMAGUCAGUUUGAAUUGAAAAGCACCUUCUUUUCAGGUAUUACUUGACUUUCUGGGAUGGCUCGUCAUCUCUUCUUAAUACCUGUCUUCAUUCUGACCAUUGCUGCUAGACUAACUAAAGUUGAUUCGUCGGGGAGUAGUGUUUGUUACUCGCCUUAUGGAUGCUUCACUUCCGCCCCACCAUUUGACCUCACACUGGUCCCCCUACCCCAASCCCCAUGGAAAAUUGAUACAAAGCUUCUUCUCUACACGAGCUCGACCCCUGAGUACCAAACUAUCAGGGACCUCGAGGUGAUUAAGGUGCUCGAGGUGCUUGAACAAACACGGUUUGAUCCAAAGCUACCGACAAAGAUUGUAAUCCAUGGAUUUGCUGCACUUGAUUCGGAGGAAAGUAUCAUGGACGUCAAAGGCUGGUGGGGCAUCAAAAUGAAAGACGAGUURCUUCGCAAAGAGCGACAAAACGUUAUCAUCGUCGAUUGGAUAAAAGGUGCCAAAUUUCCUUAUCACCAAGCCGUGGGAAACACUCGGCUCAUUGGAGCCCAGGUAGCGCAUUUUAUAAUGGCCGUGAAGGAACUGAUCAGAAGAGCUGGAGUUGAUCAUUCUCCGAUACAUAUUAUUGGAUUUAGUUUGGGCGCGCACAUUGCGGGUUUCGUUGGAAGAAGGUUAAGAGCUAAGGGAGAUUUUCUCGAUAGGAUAACAGGCUUGGAUCCAGCGACACUUACCUUCAAGAAUACUCACAUUAACGUGAGACUUGAUCCAAGUGACGCAAAGUUUGUUGACAUCAUCCACAGCAGCUACAUGCUUGGCAUCUCGGCCCCACAGGGUCAUAGAGACUUUUAUCCAAACGGAGGAGAUUUUCAAGAUGGGUGCAAUACUCUUGAUGGUCCUUGCCAUCACGUUCGGUCUGCCCUUUACUUCACUGAGACUAUCAGAUCCGCAUGCCCUUGGCGAAGCUACCGCUGUAUUUCUAAAGAGGAAUUUGAUCGCGGACACUGUCUAAGCUGUGACGCAGGGUGCCCACGCAUAGGGUAUGAUGCAGAUAUGAAUAAAAACAUCGGAAAUGGAGAAUUCUUUUUGUACACAGCUUCGCAACCUCCAUUUUGCGUGUAUCACUACUUGGUAACGAUUCACACGUCUUAUACUUGGUUGUCUGGAAUCAAUGCACAUAUCUAUAUCAUGUUAUCCGGGACAARAGGGAGUACAGGGACAAUUAAACUAGUCCAGCGAGACAUCAGCAGUGGUAGCGUGGAAGGCUUUGUCGCUAAAUCCCCAAUGGAUCUUGGAGAACUUCGUGGAAUCAGYGUUUGGCAUUUGCACCUCACUGAAUUCUGGAAAGUCGAUAAAAUCAAAGUCAGAACUGGAUGGAAGUAUUUUACGUACAGCGCUUGCUUUCAUGAGUGGAUUCAUUAUAACGAUCGAACAACAAAAGCACUGACAGUUGGUAACCUAUCUUGUUAAACGAUCAGAUACUAAAAACAGUCACAAAGUACAAUUUAUUUCCCCCUGAUGUACAAGCAUAUGAAUUUUGAUAAAGGCUCAGUUUUUCUCUGAAAAUCUUAAAUUGAUUUAGGCUAUGUCCUGAUGUCAGGUAGACUCUUUCAAUUUUUCCAUCACUCGUCUCAUGCACUAUAAGGAUGAUCACCAUAUGGUGAAGUACAUGAUAAAGGAGCGACAAACAUGCAAUGCGACGUCGCCUGCAAUGUUGCAUGAAAAGGCUGUCUUUUGGGUGUUAGACGCUUGCGAUGUCACGUCGCAGAUGUAGAAACAACGACGCAUGCAACAUGUACAUCGCACCCUGUGUCCGCACUUCAAGGRUUUGCUAAAACUAAUUUUACAAUGCUGAAGCUGAAUAUGACGUUUGCGUGAUGGCGUCAUUGACCUCUACUACCAGACUCCCUUGCACACUUUUUUCGUUCAUUUAAUUAGCACCAACUGUCUUAUUAUUCUCAUGAGGGAACACAAAUUUGAAUAAGAAAAAAAAUUUGCAAAGCAUCAUGGUCGUGGAAGUCAAAUGAAGCCAAGCCUAUUGAUAUGUUUGUUUUUCAAACAUUUUAUAAGCCUUAUCUUAUGUAUACUGUCACCGCGGUAUUUGGUAGCUAUCACUGAGUUCUAAGUCCUUGUUUUCUUUGUGUUUUUGCCAACGUUAUGUCACCCUCAAACGACCAUGAUUCUUCAGUAGUGUUAAAACGAAAUAUCGUUUUCAUKAAUGUGACGUCAUAAUGAAAUAGGGCGAUUGAAUCAGUCUGUUUUCAGUUGGA